UUCCAGCAUCACAGAGUAAGUGUGGUCGUAGUUUUGCUCUAGGGUACAACACUUCCAUGAAUAUAAUUAGCUUUGCUUUUUAUUUUCUGUCUUUUCUCCACAGCCUCAUGAUUUUGAUGAAUGUCGGUUUGAUAUUAGUGUAAAUGAUAGUGUUUGGUAUCUUCGUGCUCAGGAUCCAGAUCAUAGACAACAAUGGAUAGAUGCCAUUGAACAGCACAAGACUGAAUCAGGAUAUGGAUCUGAAUCCAGCUUGCGUCGACAUGGCUCAAUGGUGUCACUAGUGUCUGGAGCAAGUGGCUAUUCUGCAACAUCCACCUCGUCAUUCAAGAAAGGCCACAGUUUACGUGAAAAAUUGGCUGAAAUGGAAACCUUUAGAGACAUCCUAUGUAGACAAGUUGAUACUCUCCAGAAGUACUUUGAUGUCUGUGCUGAUGCUGUCUCCAAGGAUGAACUUCAAAGGGAUAAAGUGGUAGAAGAUGAUGAAGAUGACUUUCCUACAACACGUUCUGAUGGCGACUUCUUGCACAAUACCAAUGGCAAUAAAGAAAAGUUAUUUCCACAUGUAACACCAAAAGGAAUCAAUGGUAUAGACUUUAAAGGGGAAGCAAUAACCUUCAAGGCAACUACUGCUGGAAUCCUUGCUACACUUUCUCAUUGUAUUGAAUUAAUGGUAAAACGUGAGGACAGCUGGCAAAAGAGACUAGAUAAGGAAGUUGAGAAGAGGAGAAGAACAGAAGAAGCAUACAAAAAUGCAAUGACAGAACUUAAGAAAAAAUCUCACUUUGGAGGACCAGAUUAUGAAGAAGGCCCAAAUAGUCUGAUUAAUGAAGAAGAAUUCUUUGAUGCUGUUGAAGCUGCUCUUGACAGACAAGAUAAAAUAGAAGAACAGUCACAGAGUGAAAAGGUCAGAUUACACUGGCCUACAUCAUUGCCAUCUGGAGAUGCCUUUUCUUCUGUGGGGACUCAUAGAUUCGUCCAAAAGCCCUAUAGUCGCUCUUCCUCCAUGUCUUCCAUUGAUCUAGUCAGUGCCUCUGACGAUGUUCACAGAUUCAGCUCCCAGGUUGAAGAAAUGGUCCAGAACCAUAUGACUUACUCAUUGCAGGAUGUAGGUGGAGAUGCCAAUUGGCAGUUGGUUGUAGAAGAAGGAGAAAUGAAGGUAUAUAGAAGAGAAGUAGAAGAAAAUGGGAUUGUUCUGGAUCCUUUGAAAGCUACUCAUGCAGUUAAAGGUGUUACAGGACAUGAAGUCUGCAAUUAUUUCUGGAAUGUUGAUGUUCGCAAUGACUGGGAAACAACUAUAGAAAAUUUUCAUGUGGUGGAAACAUUAGCUGAUAAUGCAAUCAUCGUUUAUCAGACACACAAGAGAGUAUGGCCUGCUUCUCAGCGAGAUGUACUGUAUCUUUCUGCUAUUCGAAAGAUACCAGCCUUGACUGAAAAUGACCCUGAAACUUGGAUAGUUUGUAAUUUUUCUGUGGAUCAUGACAGUGCUCCUCUAAACAAUCGAUGUGUUCGUGCCAAAAUAAAUAUUGCUAUGAUUUGUCAAACGUUGGUAAGUCCACCAGAGGGAGACCAGGAGAUAAGCAGGGAAAACAUUCUAUGCAAGAUUACCUAUGUAGCUAAUGUUAAUCCUGGAGGAUGGGCACCAGCCUCAGUGUUAAGGGCAGUGGCAAAGCGAGAAUAUCCUAAAUUUCUAAAACGUUUUACUUCUUAUGUGCAAGAAAAAACUGCAGGAAAACCUAUUUUAUUCUAGUAUUAUCAGUGACUGAACCAAGGCUGUGUGACGAAUGUUGAAGAAAAAAGAAAAAGUUGAAUCCUCUAAGCUGGAACAAAGGAUCUACAGCCUUGUUUGUGGCCCAACACCCUGAGCUUGUGUACAGAAAUGAAGAGAUACUGCAAUAGUAAAGCUGAGCAUCUAACACUAGCUGUCCUCCUGAUAGAUCUCCUCGCUCAGCAUGUGCUAUAGAUGUACAAUUACAUGUGCGUGGCUAUAUUUUUAUUUGCUUGUUCCUAGAAGAGGAAAAAAAUCAACUCUUAAUCACAACUAGGAAUUGAUGCUUUAAUUUUGGAGAACUUUUUCAAAAUUUUUAAUUUACUAUGGUCCAGCCUAAGAUCCUCAGUUUUAUCAGGUUUUGUGCACAAAAGAAAAGCACAAAAGUGGAAUGCACAUGGGCAUGUGCUUUCUGUAAUCUAGAUGGGAUUCUUUCUUCAGGCCUACAGUCAAAUCUGUGUCCAGAAUUUUUUUUGACUUUUUUUGCUUUGUAUAAUCACAGAAUUCAUUGCUGCUGAUUUCUAUAAUGAUUGGUGUUGUUACGUAAGUGUCUUAAUAGCAGGGCUGUCAAUAACCUGUGAUUUUGCCUUUUCUAUAGUCUUAUUCCUAUGAAGAACCUUGGUUCUGAUGGAGAAAGAGUGAAAAGUUUUAUCCACCCCCCCCAUACCUUUAUAUUUCUGUUGUAUUUUUUUGGUUGUGUACUAUGUGCUACAGAUUUUUUUCAGUUUGUUACAAACACAGUUUGGUAAUCCUUAAAUUGGCUCUGCCUGCCUCCAGACAGAAACAUCUGUACAAAUCUUGUGGGUAUUGAAUGCAUUCUAGUAAAAUGGUCAGGAUAAGAUGAGCUUAUGUUUUUCUGAAAUUUGUAGCAGAAUAUACAGUAUACUUGUUAAAGCAAAUAGCCCUGUUUGAAUUUGACAUUUGAUUCAAUAUAAAUAUCUAGUAUUCUGUAACAGAUAUAUUUGCUCACCCUAGUUUGGGUCAGUUUAAAAGAUAUGUUGCAAGGUAUACACAAAAUCUGAGCAAUUGUUCCUAUUUGCCUCUUGAUCACAGAUUUCAGCAACAUAGCAAAGGACUCCACUUACUCAAAUUGAUACUUUGCUUAGUUGCUAUAAGAACUUAACGUGUAAAAUGCCUUCUUUAGUUUUAGUCCUCUGUAAAAAACCUUGAAGCAUGGAGUUGAGGCAAGGAAUGGUACUCAUUGAAGUCAAAAUGACUGCCCACUUCAAAUCUUCAUUGUGUUUACACACAGAUGUAUUUAUAUAAGUCAGAGGCACUUUGUAGAUGCUUUGCUUACUUGUUAAUCUCUUUGGAAACACAGAAACCAGACCCAUUUUGUAAAGCAGAAAAUCAUGUCACAUAGAACAUAUCCUGUAUGUAUUCUAUUUGGCUACAUGGUAAUGGAGUCUUAAUGAUAAAUGCAAGGUGAUAAUUUAAUGAUGGGAUUAGCCUGAUCACUUAAUAUGCAGAAUCCUGGAAGUGAAUUACUUGCAUCAGAUAUAGUGAUAUUUAUUAAUUCUGUACAGAGAGAAAAAUACAUAUAAAACAUAUGCUUACUUUACAUGCACGCAGAUUUCAUGCUCCAUAAAUCUUUUCUAUUUUUAAAUUUACCUUUCUCUAAAUGAUGUGCAUGGAAUAUGCCUUAUUACAGAGAAAUGCUGUUCAUAAUCUAUGUGGAAAAGUGCCUACAUGGUGGUAAUGCUAGCAAGGCAAAUAAGACAAAUUAUCAUACCAGUUUACUACUUCACCAGUUAACAUUUUAUAUUGUGAUGUUUAAAAAAAAAGUUUAUACCUCAAAUGUGUAUUUUAUUUUACAAUCAGCUGUGGGAUUGGGAUGGGAAAAUGGGAGGGUUUGGGAGGGAGGUUCAUUCACUCAUAAGCACUGAAGGGAAUCUUCAAUGUAAUUCUCCUUGCCCACUGUGUUUCUGUUUGCCAUGUCUGGUAACAUGAAUACGGACAAGUAACUCUUUCAUAACUAAAUCGGAUAACUAUAUUUUACAAAGGUAUAGAAAGUUUACAAAGCAGUAUCUAAAUCUAAUUAUCAUUAGUUGCAUUUGCACUAAAGGUGAUGAUACAUACUUUUUGCAAUUCUGUAAAUAAAAUGAUUACAUUAAAAAUAUUUGUAUUUAAAAAGAAUGAAAAGAUACAUGUUACCUUUAGAUAACUGUACUGGUACUUUACUGGAGUAUAUCCUGCCUGCCCAAUCAGAUUUAGAAAUGAGUCCAGGAAAAUGGAAAUGUUUCAGAAGAGGUCAACAUUUAAAAGGGUAUUGGCCUUAAGAUAGUAUUUCAACCACCUAAAAUUAUUUUCAUUUGACUAAUUCCUACAUGCCGAAUAUUAACAUUUUUCUCAUCCACAGAUAAUUUUAUUCCCCUAAGCAAAAGAAAAAUUAUCCUUUUACUCUAUUUUCUACUCAGUCACUUCUUUGUGCUGUUCGAAACCUGAAAAAUAUUGGUGAUCUGAGGUUUUUGUCCCUGAGUGCUUACUGUGCAGGAUAAGAGAGCAGUGUUUCACUUGGAAUUCAGGACUCCUGAUUUUUUGGUAGAGAAGGAGCAGCAGUUGGUUUGAGAUUGUUACAGGGCAGCCAGACCAAGGAGAGGAAGGGAGGAAAGGGUAAGGAGAGAGGUAAGAAAGCAAAAUGAGGAAGAGGAAGAAUGGACUUCCCAUUUGUUCAGUUUCAUCAGCUAAUUUGUACCAACUGUACAUCAGUGUCAGUUGCUAUAAAAAGACAUUUUUAGUUGGGCCAAGCUGGUUCUCCUGUGAAAUUGUGCUGGUUAUCUUUAAGCUUAUCGGUUGUUUGUCCAGCUAAAACACUUCACCAGUAUUUAGUCCAGGUUGUACAGAUGGUGUAUUUGGCUUACUGUCAUUGUUCAUCUACAGUCUCAAAACAUAAUCAUUUUAAAGUACCUUGGGAGUGUGUAGAGUGUAACUAUAAUAGCUUUAUGAUUCUGAUGAUGUUUUUUAAAAAUAAUAAAGUUGGACCUUCCAUGUUACAAUCAAAAAAUUUAAACCAGUAUUUAAAAGUGGAAAAGUAUUAAAAUGUUAUGGACAAA